AUUAGAGAUUUUGCUAUUUACAACGGCUGGAUAUUAUGUGUCAUUUUGUUUGGUCAACAAUGUGGACACCUACGAUCGCGUUGCUUUUCAUGUGUUCUCAUUGUUUUGUGCGCAGCCUCGACUCCAACCAAAUCCGAUCCUCUAAAGAAGCGAUGGAUCUAUUGGAACAGGUGGACCCGCACAAUGGAACGAUGGGUGUACAGAAUAAUGUGAACACACGUCGCAGGGCAGAUACAUCUUCUACUCGCCAUCACACCAGGCCAUCUUGUCCUGAUCAAGAAUGCAAUCCGUCAACGAGAAUUACCUGCAAUGGAUCUCAGAAAAAGAACCAGAGUAAAGAAAUACUUGCUCAUGAUGAUGACGACAACAAAAGGAAAGUUGCAGUGAUGGCCACAUGCGUGCGCUCUGGAGACUGUGAGGCAGGACUGUGCUGCGUCCGCUAUUUAAAAGAGAAGAAAUGUCAACGCAUCCCAAAGGAGGGAGAGAUCUGCCUCCUGCGAGGAGGACGCUCUAAACAGCGGAGAAAUCUUGACCUUGACCGCUGCAACUGUGCAGUCGGGCUAACCUGUCGUGCCCAGGCUGAAAGCCCCAAAAACCAAGGAGUUUGUAUCCCCAGACUGAGAGAGAACAGGAGGAGUACAAGACACUCAGGCAAGAGGCGUAAUGCCGAGAGAAGAUGUGGAUGACUUAAGCCUUUCUUUCACUCAAAACUUUUGACUCAAUAAUCUACUUUUCUGCCAWUCUUUGUUUUAAAUGUUAAAGGCUAAAUGCAAGUUAGGCUUUUGUAAAUGUAUAUUUAAUUCCAUACAUGCUCCGGUGGUCUACACUUUGUUUUUAUUUGAGCCCCUCACCUAAUCUUAUUCAUCUUUAACAGACAAAUCCGCACAUUUCAUAACUUCCUUGAGUUUAAUGGCAUCUGGUACCAUCUCUCAAAUGGUCCAGACCUCAUCAUCACAAUGUCCACUAGUGCCAUCUACUGGUACUGGAUGAAGAUUAUAAGCAACAAAUUGACAAUAUUUGAAAAGGGUCCGAGGCUAGGGUUUUGUAGCCUGGAAUCCACACUGACCGUUUCAAUAUUGUUUCAUGUCAUUGAUUCAGUCUGGACCUGCUCCAAGAGGGACUCUUGGGCCUAAAUAGAAAAUAGCCAGUCCAGUCAGUGACCGAUCAGAAUCUAAAAGUGGGUUUAACACAAAACCCCAUGUGGCAAAAUGCUGCACUUUAAAGGCCAGGUAGCACAUAAUGGGCCUUGUCAUAUAUUGAUGUAGUUGGUGCUGUAUAUUAACUAAUAUAACUGAGUUCUAACUAGAACAAAAUCUUUGUUAGUUUACAAUUAUACAACUUUUGUUCCCGCAUAUAAAAACCACGAAGACUGCCGGAAAGGCCCGAACGCAAGAUCGUAAUUUCUAUGACUCACACGGUGAAGAACAUAACAUUUUAUAGCUUGUAGCCUACUGUUCAUGGAGAACUGGUGUGCAUGAGUGGCACUUCACUUUUUAGUAUGGAAAACAGCUGUGACAUUAUUGAUCCUAAGAUCAAAAUGUUAUUUGUGUAAUGAAAAUGAA